AUUGUGAAUGAGAAAAAGGAAAACACCCGCCUAACGUGGUUCUUUCUUACCCAUAUAAUAUUUCCUCUCCUUCUCUCUCAACAAACCCACACUCACAAAGUAACCGCCUCCUCUCUUUUGCUUCGAUCAUUGGGAAAAUAUCUCUGUACAUACACACACCCAUUACAUACAUAAAUACAGCCCUACCGAUACCAGAAAUCGCCCCCUUCUCGCAGAUUUAAAGCAAAUGGGAGGCGGGACCACUUCAAUCGGAGCUAUGGUGCCCACGGUGGCGAAGUCCGAGUCGGCGGAUUCCGCCGCCGAAGCGGCGCCGGCUCCGCCUCCGCCGGCGAUUCCCCCGCCGCAGUCGCUCGAUGCGUCGGAGAUGGAGCAGGAGGUGGAUAAAGAUAUCCUCUGCCCUAUAUGCAUGCAAACCAUUAAGGAUGCGUUUUUGACGGCGUGUGGGCAUAGUUUUUGCUACAUGUGUAUUGUGACUCAUCUUCAGAACAAGAGUGAUUGCCCUUGUUGCUCUCAUUUCCUCACCGCCAACCAUCUCUACCCUAAUUUCCUCCUCAACAAGUUACUGAUGAAGAAUUCUGAACAUCAAAUAGCUAAAACUGCCACACCUCUGGAACAACUUCGUCUGGCGUUGGAACAGGGGUGUGAAGGAUCGGUUAAGGAGCUUGAGAGCCUAUUAUCUCUUCUCUCAGAGAAGAAAAGAAAAAUGGAGCAAGAAGAAGCUGAGACAAAUCUACAAAUUAUGCAUGAUUUUUUGCAUUGUCUUAGAAAGAAAAAACUUGACGAGCUCAAUGAGGUAAUACAAUCCGACCUUCAGUACAUAAAAGAAGAUAUAUAUGCUGUAGAGAGACGUCGAAUAGAGUUGUUUCGGAGAAGGGAUAGAUACUCCGCAAAACUGAGAAUGCUUGGUGAUGACCCCUCUUCAAAAUCAGUGUGGCCGCCAUCAUUAGUUGACGAACAUAGUGGUGGCACCGUCUCUAGAACUGCUAUUAUGCCAGGCCUGGGCCACAUGAGUUCAGGUGGUCAGAAAAACAGAAACAGCGAAGCAAGAUCUUCUGCGAGUCAUUUAAUAAGGAAAGAUAAUCUUAGUGGGUCAGACAACCAAAAUCUUACUCAAUCCGGACUGGCUUUAGUAAGAAAAAGACGUGUUCAUGCACAGUUCAACGACCUACAAGACUGUUACUUGCAAAAACGGCGAUAUUGGGCGAGACAAACGCCAGAACAGAGAGAACGUGAUUCGCAUGGCUUAUUAAAUAGAGAAGGUUACUCUGAAGGGCUUGAGGAUUUUCAGUCUGUACUAUCAACAUUCACAAGAUACAGUCGAUUCCGGGUUGUGGCUGAGCUUAGACAUGGAGAUCUAUUUCACUCGGCUAAUAUUGUAUCAAGCAUAGAAUUCGACCGAGAUGAUGAAUUGUUUGCUACAGCUGGAGUAUCUCGGCGUAUCAAGAUUUUUGAGUUUGCAUCAGUGGUUAAUGAACCAGCCGAUGUACAAUGUCCUGUGGCAGAAAUGUCCACGAGAUCAAAACUAAGCUGUUUAAGCUGGAAUAAGUACGCCAAAAAUCAGAUUGCCAGCAGUGACUAUGAAGGCAUUGUAACUGUUUGGGAUGUGACUACUCGACAGAGCGUGAUGGAGUAUGAGGAGCAUGAAAAACGUGCAUGGAGUGUUGAUUUUUCACGUACGGAACCUUCUAUGCUUAUAUCUGGAAGUGAUGAUUGCAAGGUCAAAGUAUGGUGUACAAAACAGGAGGCAAGUGUCCUCAACAUUGACAUGAAAGCCAAUAUAUGUUCGGUCAAAUAUAACCCUGGAUCCAGCAUUCAUGUAGCGGUGGGUUCGGCCGAUCAUCAUAUUCAUUACUAUGACCUGAGAAAAACCAACCAGCCAUUGUAUGUAUUCAGUGGGCAUAGGAAAGCUGUUUCAUAUGUGAAAUUUCUGUCCAGCAAUGAGCUUGCUUCUGCAUCUACAGACAACACAUUGCGCCUAUGGGAUGUUAAGGAAAAUGUUCCUCUACGCACAUUUAGGGGCCAUACGAAUGAGAAGAAUUUUGUGGGUCUAACGGUAAACAGCGAGUACAUAGCAUGUGGCAGUGAAACAAAUGAAGUAUACGUUUAUCACAAGGCGAUUUCGAAGCCUGCAGCAUGGCAUAAAUUCAGCUCGGAUGUGGAUGAAGGUGAGGAAGACACGGGAUCAUACUUCAUCAGCGCUGUGUGUUGGAAAAGUGAGAGCCCGACUAUGCUAACUGCAAACAGUCAAGGGACAAUUAAAGUCCUUGUACUUGCCCCUUGAUUCUUUCUUACAACCCUUUAUAUUUGGAAAUAUACGAAGAAAAAAAAAUAUAGGAUUAUAUCCACAUUAAAAGAGCAGAGUUAAGAACAAGUUUCUUUCUUCUUUGCUAAGUGAUGAUUAUUAUUAUUUCUCUUUUUUUCUCUUAGGUAAAAAUCAUUGUGUUUGGAGAUUUAUAGUUCUCUGUUUUUGGAGAACUUUGUAUGUGCAGAUGUGUUAGUUGUCUUCAGGACUUUGUAAUAUAGUAGUUGUAGUAAGUGUGUGUGAGAGAGAGAACAUGAAUUGAAUUUGUUUCUGCCUCUGUUAUACUGUUUGUUCAGAAAGAGUGGAUUUUAUUGUAUAGAUGAACAAGCAAUUCAAA